UGUGUUGACAGAAGAAGUGUGCAGGAUACAUCACGUAGGUUUUUUUCAUGAGCACCUCAUUAGAAAUGAACACCUUUCAUCUGUGGCUAUCCGUCAUCUUGUUUUCCCUCUGUAGUGCUCCUUUGUGCUCCAGAAAGAGAUGUUUACCCGGUGGAGACCAGUGUAUCAGAGGUGCUUCCUGUCCCAACACUGCAUGCUACUCAGAAAAGCUGAAACUGCUCUUUGCAGGGUUACCAGGAGAGGCAUAUGCUUGAUAGUUCUAUUGUACAAAACUGGACAUAUAUUUGCAAAAGUAGUGGGUUUGACCGCAACAAUGCACCAAAGGUCCUUUCAGCAGUCCUUCCGUUCCUCUUCAGCAAGCAAAGGAGGACGUGGAUCAUCAGGAAAGAUGUUUUUCGUGGCGCGGAACAGAAAUACAACAGGUCAAGGAAAUGAAAGGAGGUCAAUUUAUCAGAAAUUUCGUGACGUAGAUUUGUUGGACAAGAAGAAGACAGUGACUGCUCUAAAGCCAGGCGAAGAUCGUGCCAUUUUUCUGGGACUGGGGAUGAUCCUCUCUUCAGUCAUGAUGUACUCUGUCCUGGGGAUCACAAUAUUACGCUCUUAUGCAGAAAGUGUGUGGACAGAGGAAGGUGUGUGCGUUGUUCUCAACUCCACGGUCACAGCAGACAUGAACUGUUCCUACAACUGUGGGUCCGAAUGCUGGAGAGCCUCCAAGUACCCCUGUCUGCAGGUCUACGUGAGCGUCAAUAACACGGGCCGUGUCCGCCGUUUAUCUCACAAUGAGGAGUCCCAGGACACAAGCUCUGAAUGCGUCUACGUGCCCAGGUGCCAGAAGGACAGGGUGGCCAUGCAUGUCAUAGUCAUGAACAUCUCCGAGCAUCUGAAGGUGAACCAGCAGGUCCCCUGUUACUAUGACCCCAGUGAGCAGCAGGAGGCCGUUCUCCUGACGAGGCUGUACGACCAUCGCGUUGUCUUCCACUCGCUGCUCUGGCCCUCCUGCAUGCUCACAGGAGGGGCCCUCGUUAUCGUGAUGGUCAAGCUCACGCAGUACCUCUCCAGACUGUGCGAAGAGAUAGGGAAGAUCAAGAGGUGAAACACGUGCAGUCACUCUCAAAGCAUUCGCUGGUUUGGUGAUGGACGUAUGACAUGAAAGGAAUGGUUUCUACGAAACAACCUUUCUGUGAACUUUUGUAAGCAUUCCUCUUCAUAUGAGGCAUCAGGAAUAGCUGACUUUCUCUCCACAUCCAGGAGGUGUCUGUUUAUCAAAUUGAACUGAACGUUCCAAGGGGAAACUUUUAGAAAUGCAACAAACAGGCAAGUCUAUGACUGGUGUCAACGCAUUGUAAAAUGCUUUAAGGGAAUGUGUUUACAAAAGUUUGUUUUCUAUCUCGAAUAUGGUAAAUCAUGAGCAUGUGGUUUGAUAUUGACAAUACCAACUUAAAUUGACAAAACAAUGUCCAUACGCAUUGUUAAUGUAGAGGACUAUCUCAAACGUUUCUAUAUUUAGAUGAUCAUGUGUUUACAGCACAAUGAUAUGUUCUUAUUUGUUAUCUCUGCAACCAGAUCAUAUGUGUUGAUCUUAUGAAAUGUUUUUUCUGUUUGCCGUGACUUUUUGAAAAUUGUUCUGUAUA